AUGGCGAAGUUGCUCUGCCCCCAAUGCGGAAAGGAGUAUGCUAAUAGUGACUCUUUGAGAGUGCACCGACGCCUCCACAGUGCCAACCCGAAGCCAUGCAAAUGUUACGAAUGCGGCAAAGCUUUUAGUACAAAAUCAAUUCUGCGCACCCACAUAGAGGUGAUUCACCUGAUGAUCAAGAAGGUCAAGAACAUCCCCUGCCCUCAGUGUCGUAAGAUGUUUUGCAGAAAAUCUGGCAUGUUGGAGCACCUGAACAACGUUCAUCGCAAAAGCUUGCAUCCCUGCUCCCAUUGCGAUAAGUCGUUCUGGAACGAAUCAAGUCUCCGGAAACAUUGGAAGCAAAUUUAUUCAGAUGUCGGAGGUGAAAUGGGGUUAGAGGGAGCUGCAAUCAAAAUUCCUAAAGCUGGUGACGAUGAUGUCAACGUAGUGAUGGACGUGGAGGAAGGUGAAUUCAAAAUUGAAAUCAAUCCGUACGACGUUUUACCUCCUAUCGACGAAGAGACGGGCGAUGAUCUGUUGCUUCAAAGUGAUAACGAAGGCGAUCCUGUCACUGAGGAAGCACCAUCAUCAACACCCUCGCCGCCCCAAAGAUCGGGACUAAUUUCACUGAAAAAUCAGACAGCAGGAAUACAACGAAGGGUAAAUAAGUUAAUUAAAACUGCUAAAUAA